GAUACCAACAACUACAACAAGGCAGCAGUGUGGUUGUUGCAUUUUUUGGCGCUUCGGAUCCGCUUGUUUUGGCGCGUUCCUCUGCACACUCGCCGCAGUCGACGUCACCGUCGACGUUGACGUUCUCUGCCGGCGAUCCGACAUGCCGGCAGCCGGCAGGUUGGGUGCCGAUUUCGAUCACUUUGCUGCCGCUGCUCGUGAAGUUUUCGUGGUCCGGCGUGCGACGACGACGACGGCGACACAUCUCUUGAAAAAUCGGUCAAAUCCCCAAUUCCAAGUGCUCACCUCUACCCGGCGGUAUCCCCGGCGCCCCCCAAAUGCUAAUUUCCAUAAGGAAACUCCGUUUAUUUUAAAUUAUAACUUGCAACUGCUUUUUACGAGCAGCUUCUACAAACACCAUCAGGAUUAG